AUGUGCUACUACGGCAGCUACUAUGGUGGCCUGGGCUAUGGCUAUGGCGGCCUAGGCUGUGGCUAUGGCUGUGGCUAUGGCUAUGGUGGCUAUGGUGGCUAUGGUGGCUAUGGUGGCUAUGGUGGCUAUGGUGGCUAUGGUUAUGGCUGUUGCCGCCCCCUGUGCUGCAGAAGAUACUGGAACUGUGGUUUCUACUGA